AUGUCGUUCGGCCAGCCUAGUGCCUUUGGGGUACUCAAUAACUCCCAAAGUGCUCCUAAUAAUGCUUUCUCACGGUCGAACAGCCUCGCCCAGGGUGCUCCUAGUACCGCAUUCUCUCGCUCGAGCAGCAUCGCUGCUCCCCAAGGCCCAGCUGAAGUAGUAGUGGGCGAUGAGGUCCAAGAGAGUGAAUCUGAUUUGAUCGGCUACGUAGCCCUUGCUGGAGAGUUGAGAGUCAAGGUUUUUGAUGGACAGUAUCCUGAAGGCGACUUGCCUAUACACUCCUCGCAGCUAUUAUCGAUAUCUCAGAAAAGACAACUUUUUGCGGCAGGCGGACCCCAAGGUGUCGUUGUUGCUCGAACCUCUACCUUGAGGGCAGCUUUCAAAAAUACAGCCACCGUCAAUGGAAACACAUUACCUUUCCAACCAGAAUGCAUCAUCCCGAUGUCUCUGCGACUUUCACACAUUGCCUUUACUUCUGAUGGCACUUAUCUUUUGCUUGCGGCCCAACUAGGAGGAAUAGCAGUUUACCUAGUUGAUGAUAUUCUAAGCAAAGGAAAUAGCGUGCAGCCUCAAUCACAGAUAAAUACCGGCCCGUUGCUUGAAAUGAAGCCGAUUCCAACAGUAGCCGACGCUGAGAAAGUGUGUAUUGUUGUCGGAUCCGGCUGGGGUCAAGGUGGCAGUGUCGGCAUUGUUGAUCUCAAAACAACCAAAGUCCAUGAAAACCUCAAAACUGGCGUUACGACGGUAUCUUGGAGCCCAAAGGGCAAACAGAUCAUUUGCGGAGGCUCACUCGGUGGCCUCGCUUGGAUUAGACCCGACGGAGGAGAAGCUGACGCUGUGGAAGGGGUACCUAACUAUCCGAACCAUUUCGUGUCGUCAAUAUUUUGGGUCGAGUCCACAAUAAUCUUCGUCAUCCUUACUCCUAAACCUCAGCCGGGCCAGGCGCACGAUAACGAGUCUAUCCACUUUGUUCUAAUGCGUGAGCCCAAUACUCGCAAACACACUUUCUAUAGAGUAAACGAUAUGACCCCUCCGUUUGGAAUGGUCUCUCGCCCAACGUACCACUCCUUCAUUCACUUAAAGGGCUGGGGUCCAAAUAUGAAGGAUUGUCUGGUCUUAUCAAACACUUGUUCUACCGAUAUCGGGACAGUUAUGAGACUGAAUAAUACGCCGUUUACGCCAACAUCGAUCCUGAGUGAUGGUCGUCGUGCAAACUUGCCGUUGACCGCAGAUGGCGGAGAUGCAACUCCUAUCGGAUUCUCGCUAGAUCUUACCGCUCCUGAUGCAGAGCGUGUUAGCAAUCCUUUCCCUAAUGUUGAGCAAUCGGCCACCUCGCUUCCUUGCAUGUGGAUUCUUACAAAUGAAGGCGUGAUAUCUGCCUAUUGGGUGGUAUAUUCGGACGCUGUCAAGAUUGAUAAUUCAUCCGCUGCAUACCCAGAGUUAUUGGCAUACGAAAGUCAACAGCCACCACAAACACCACAAAGGACUACCGGACCUACAUUUGGCCAAAGUGGAUUUGGUCAGUCGCAGUCGUCUGCGUUUGGCGCGGCAAAGCCAGCCUUUGGCCAGCCUUCUACCCCUACCUCUGCAUUCGGGCAACCUUCCAAGCCUUUAGCUUUCGGCCAGACUUCCGCUCCUACUUCGGUAUUUGGACAGACGUCGCAGCCAGCCAGUGCCUUUGGCCAACCUUCGACGAGUACAUCCGCAUUUGGCCAGUCACCCCAGCCACCGUCAGCUUUCGGUCAACCUCAGUCGGCUUUCGGCCAGCCAUCCCAGCCGUCGUCAGCGUUUGGCCAAUCAUCCGCGCCUCAGCCGGCCUUUGGUCAGCCUUCUGCACCGCAAUCUGCAUUUGGACAAACAACUGCCCCCUUCGGGCAAUCCACCGUAAAGCCAGCGUUUGGGCAGCCCGCCUUUGGGUCGGCAUCUACGCUUGGGCGGCCGGGAAUGUCUGCUGGGGCUUUUGGUUCAUCCACAGGAUCAACAUUCGGAAGUGGGUCUGCGUUUGGGGCACAGUCAGGAGCGUCAGCAUUUGGCCAGAAGCCCGCGGCGCCUGCUUUCGGAUCAACAACAGCUCUUGGGUCCACCGCUCCUGCUUUCGGAUCCUCAACUCCCUUGGGCAGCACGGCACCUGCAUUUGGAUCUGCGACAGCAUUAGGACAAACCCGCCCGGCAUUCGGUCAGCCAGCGUUUGGGUCUUCCGGGGGUGGGACAGGAUUUGGCCAAACUUCGCAAUUAGGCUCAAAGCUGUCGGCAUUUGGUUCGUCGACGACAGCCGGCACUGGCGGAUUUGCUAAAUUCUCAGGAGGGGGUGGGUUUGGAGCUGGAAAUGCUAAUACAGGUGCAUCGCCAGCGUUCCUCCAACAGAGUGGGUCUAGCAAUCCUUUUGCUUCUAAGACGCCCGAUACUUUUGGUAGUUUGAAAGGCAAUGCACCAGUCUCCGCCUUUGGAUCUGGAGCUCAAGGUGGGUUUACAGUACCUAGUGCGUUUGGGUCUACUGCAACACCAGAUGCCAGCAAACCUUCAGGUUCUAGCACGGGGGCCGGAGCCUUUGGUGCUUUUGGAAAUUCUCUCGGAUCCGCUCUUUCUCAACCAGCUGUCCCCACUAAUGUUAAGGAUGAUGAGAUGGCAGACAGUGAUGAUGAGGUGGAGCAACCAAAAGCAGGUAUUCGUGGUGGUAAUAUGUUUAGCUUGUCGACAGCUGUUAACAAUCCUUCUACAACGACGGCAAAGGAGCCCCCCAAAACCCUUGCACCCGCUUUCGGACAAAGCUCGCAGCCAUCUACAGAAACCAGCAAGCCAUCUGCAUUUGGAAGUGGACUUUUUGGGUCUACAUUGAAUAAGGAGCAGCCAAAAGGAGCUUUUGGCUCACCCAGUAAACCUCCGACACUUGCUCCUGCUUUCGGAGCUCCAGAAUCCAGGCCGAGUGCUCCAGGAAGCGCGUUCGGCCCUACCUCGCCUGUAAAAUCCUCCGAUCAGGUUGGAACUGGAUUAUUUGGAAGUGCUCUUCAAAGGAGUACAUCCGGGGCCCAGCCCGUAUCAGCGUUUGGCUCGAUCGCUGGUUCAUCCCUAUCCAAACCGGAACCGGCAUUUGGGGCUACACCCACAUCUCCCCCGGUCAAAACAGCGCCGGCAUUUGGCACAACCGCAACGCCUGCGCCUUCGGCGUUUAGCAAGCCGACAGCCCCAAGCUCUGCAUUUACUACAGGUUCUAGUUCGCCAACUAAGCCAGCCGUAUCGGCUUUCGGACAAAAGUCGACGCCUCCUCAGAAAACAGAUCUAGAAAAUGUAGUUGGAGCAGCAGCAAGCAAAGGCUUACCAAGUGAGGAUUCUGACGAUGAUACUGACCAUUCUCCACAAGAACCCGAGGCAGCUCCUCUUCCUCCUGAUUUUGGUCCAGUAUCGAAGAAGUCUGAACUAGUUGUUCCCGAAGAUGCACCACUACCCCCUGAUUUUUCAUCAACAAAAUUGGCACCCGCUGCCUCGAGUCCCUCUAAGACCUCACUCCCAGAGUCUGCACCUCGUACACCAGCAUUGUCUUCCACCCCCUCGACACCAGCAGAAUCCGCAGUAAAACCUGUCAAGUCAGCACCUGUAGAAAAGGGCAAGCCCCCGCUAAAGAGUGAUAUUUUCGGUUCAGCUUCUCCAACUCACUCUUUGGCAUCGACCUCUAAACCAGUGAAGGCAGCAAACCCCAUGGCCAAUCGACGGGGUUCAAAACUAACAUCUACUAUCUCAACAAAGCCAACGCUAUCUGGCCGCACGCCAUCACAGAAAGCUGGCACAGCCGCUAAAAGCGUAAAACCUGUUGUGAAAGAUCACGAUGAAGAGGAUGCGGGGAAUGAAAACCUUAGUAGUUUUUUCCCUGGUGGUGGAGCCAAGGCUGUCGGGCCACAAAAGGAUGGGGAAAGUGUACUUACACUCGGAACGUCCUCAAAAUCCAUCGGCGCUGGUUUCUCGUUCGGUGAUUCUAAGUUGGAUCAUGUAUCAGAUGACAGUGAAGAAGAAGAAGAAGAUGAAGUUAGUGACGCCGGAAGCGAUGAAAAUAUAGACCCUGAGGAACAUGAGUCCGGUGAAAACUCUGGCCAAUCUAGUGAAUUGGAAGAUGGAAGUUGGGUUGAAACUGGUGAUACAGAGGAUGAAGGCUCUCCGGUUCAAUCACCAGUACUUGUGAAAGAUGUGAAGGCGGUACCUCGUCGGGACAUACUCAACCGCGUUACCUCUCCUGCCGCGGCCAAAGCCUCAGCCGAGGGGACCAAACACACACUAGCAACGGCUAGUAAGGCUUUUGCCGUCUUAAGUCCUGUGAAUAAGGCCCCGACUAGGCCCGCAUUAUCUUCGAAGGCAACAGGCUCUUCAGCUUCAGCUUUGUCUCCUAUUUCGGCUAAACUACAACAGCAAGAAGCAGCUGAUCGGGAACAACUUGCGAAUAAGCAAAAUCAAAUGGACCUGGAAAGAGAUCAACGAAAGCAUGAUACACUGGAACACCGUAGGAUUGCGCUUAUGGAAUAUAUGGAGCUUCAAUCUUUGCGAAAAUUACAAGUCUCAGAGUCUCAGAAGCAGAACGACGCAGAGGAAGUUAUGAAGGCCCGUGAGGAUGCAUUCAGGGAAAAAAUCCAGCUGCCAUAUGAUCCCAGCCCUGUUCUAAGCCAGUUUAAUCCGUACCGCGAGUCAGAUAAUUUUACCAACUUUAAGGGCCAGGACGCCGUGCUGGAACAAUUGGUUAUUGCACUAGGGCGCCGGACUGAUAAUUUCGGGUUGAAUAUGAGAAACCUGGAAGCCUUCGUUGUCUACCACCGGGAAUCCGAUCAUUUCACUCUCGACGAUCCCCGCCCCGUCGAAGAGAUUCGAAUAACGGCGGCACCAGAUGUGUCACUGAUGGCGAGAGAUCUUAUCGAAAAGGCACACGAUUUAGGGAAAAACUUUGAUCUGGUCACGUUAAAGGCAGACGUAACAUCGCUUAUUCACGAUGUUGACUAUCUUGUUGCACGUGCUAGUGAUAUUCCGAAUAUUCUUCUCCUCCACACCCAUCCAGAACUUCGCGCGCACAUUCGUAGGCGUCCACUUUCUGCACAGCAGCGAAUGCAGCAGGCCAAUCUAAGAAGGAAAGUACCAAUUUUGCGCCGAAAGUUUAAAAGGGUGGAGGAUGCGUUCCGUAUCCUCCAAGCCCAUGUCGCAACAGUCAAUAAACACCAGAGGGCAAACUAUGGAGAUCUGAGACCGCCGACGAUUGAGCAGGUCCACGAAACAGUUGCAAGGCUUACUGAGGUUGCAAAGGAGAAGGCCGAGAGGGUUGACAAGCUCGAGGAUUCAGUUAGAAAAAUGCGUCUAUCGAGUGCCAGCCCUGCUAUGAGCCGCGGGACAACUCCAAAUUUCAGAGCUAGUAGCAUCAGCUUCUCCAUGAGUGGUCGAGAUUUUGAACGUGGUGGUACACCUGGAUGGUCGAAAUCUACGAGGAAAGGCAAGGAAUCGGUUUUAGCAACCCCGCCAAGAAAUAUGCCGGGCCCAGACAAACUAGACUACUACGAAAAUACUAUUGACAGUCCAAUAUCCCGAUUUACAUAUGGCAGACAAACGCAUCAAAAGCCUAUCAAGAGCAUUUCGGGAACAUUCGGGUUGAUCGAAGAAGAGUUGGGUGAUAACGAAUACUUUAACGAUCAAAAUCCAUCAUCUUCGAUGGGAGUUCCUAUUGCUACGAGUUACGACAGAGGUAUGGCGGAAUUAAGAAAGGAAAUUUUGACCACACCGAAGAAAGGUGAUGUUAUCGGGGAAUUGCCAAAUACACCCGCUAGCAGGCAGGUCAACAGACUCCUAAAAGAUGAGGUCGAGGAAAUGACAGGUGGAAGAGGUAGGAAAGCGUGGAUUGAUGCAGAUGACUACUUGGAAGACAAAAGGCUGAAGAGAGAGGUUGGAAAACGUAUGACAAAGGUUAUCAGGAAGAUCGGAGUCAGAACAACCAAAGUGGAACUGGCUUAG